GCGCGGGGAAAGAGCGAGCAACGUCGCCGCGCGAUAGUAGUAGUAGAGGAGGUAUGUCUCUCCAUUCACUUGUCGGUUGCCGUCGAUCGAAUGUGUUUCGUGUUCACGCAUUUGCAUCCGCAUACAGAUUUUGUCGAUCGUUGCAUAAACGAAAUAUAUGGCGUGAUCUGACAGGGAUCAGUGAUAUAUAAUUAUAUAAGCGGUCAGUGUGAAUUAUGGUGCAUGGUGAUUCGCGGGAAAUGUGUCGUUGUCCGACCGGCCAUUGAAAAGUGCAAACCACUGCCACUGCCGCUCCCGUUCGAACAAAUUUUUUUUUGUGUGCGAAAAGGAUCUACGCUUCAUAAUCCACAGAUGAGAUGACGGUCGCUGGAAAGAGAUACGUAGACUGCACAGUAUUGAAUGCAAGCAGUAUGCCAGACGCUGAAGAUUCCUCAUAUGAUAGCGAUUACGAAGCUGAGGACUUAACGACGACAAGGACGACAACAAUGACAACGACGGCAAUUGCAAGAGAUUCAGAAUCGCAAGUAUCUUCCGCAGUGCAUGCUGAUAUCUCUCGCACUGCAUCCGAUACUCUAGCAGUUGAGUUUGCAGAGUACGUCACUGUAGAUGGACCUUCAUCUAUACAAAACGCUGGUUACACCGCUCGCGUAGAGUUCGCCCUGAAACUAGGCUACACCGAGAGAUUGGUACAAGCAGCUUUGCAGAAACUAGGUCCGGAUCCUGGUCAAAACGAGCUAUUAGCUGAACUAAUCAAGCUCGGAGCAACUUGUUCCCCGAAAUUCAUUGAUGGCCCCGAAGAAGUUGACAAUUUGCUAGAUACUGAAGCGGACACAGACGAAGGCGAAGAGUCGAUUUUAGUUUCGACAACAGUAACAAAUGGAAUUUUAUCAACAGAUUUGAGACCUAUCGUAAUCGAUGGCAGCAAUGUCGCUAUGAGUCACGGCAACAAGGAGAUAUUUUCCUGUCGUGGCAUCAAAAUCUGUGUUGACUGGUUCCGUGCCAGAGGUCACAAAGAGAUUACCGUCUUUGUUCCAAAAUGGCGAAAAGAAGCCUUUAGACCCGAUAAUCCGGUUGCCGACCAGGAAAUCUUGAGCGAACUUGAGAAAGAUCGUUUACUGGUAUUCACACCCUCUAGAUUGGUAGGUGGAAAACGUAUGGUGUGUUAUGAUGAUCGAUACAUCUUGAAGCUGGCUGCCGAAGUCGAUGGCAUUGUUGUCAGCAAUGAUAACUAUCGCGAUUUAGCACAGGAGAACCCUGAGUUCAGAAGGGUCGUUGAAGGGAAAAUCUUAAUGUACAGUUUUGUAAAUGAUCGAUUCAUGCCACCGGACGAUCCGCUGGGUAGGAGUGGACCUACGCUGGAGAAUUUUCUCAGGAUCGCUCCCAAGAAAGUUGAUCCAGCACCUCCAUGUCCUUAUGCCAAGAAAUGUACAUAUGGCAAUAAGUGCAAGUUCUGGCAUCCUGAAAGAGGACAACAUCCACAUAAAUCCGUGACGGAGCGAUUAGUAGAGCAUGCUCAGCGUCAUCUACAGGCUCGUGGACCUAGUCUGAGUCUACCAUUACCAUCCAUAACUGCGUCUGUCUCUCAUCCACAACAUCCAUCACUCUGUAAGGCCAGAUCUGCUAUACCACCGAUCGUACAAUCACCCGUCCCGAAGAGUAAAUCUGUGGAGAAUGUCACAUCUGACUUGUUCUCAGCUAGUCCGGCCAUAUACAGCCAACAGAUGCCUCUUGCACAAAAUCUUCAAAGCUAUCUUCCUGCAGUAAAUUGGGCAGCGUCAAGAAUGAGCAAACCUGAGCCAGAACCAACGAACAUGCAUCGCAAAUUGCAGCGACAAUUGACUCUGAACCCAGUAUGCGAUCCGCGUCUUUAUCAGCUCAGGCGGCAUCAACAGCAACAGCAGCAGGCUGAUCAACUGCAGCAAUCAGUCAUCAGUCCUCCGCGCUCCAACAUGCAACAUCGACCGUUGACGAGACACGCGAGUAAUGAAUCGGCGUAUCCAGUUACUGCCAUGAACUGGGAUCAUCCCGAUUGUUUUCAGCAUCAUCAUCAGCACGUGAUGCGUAUCGCUUCUGCCCCAGACUCUUAUAACGCGUGGCUGCCACAAAAUUCCACCUUGAUGCGACCAUCGCCAAUUCAGAGGCUGGGUACUUCGGAUCCUCAACUAAAUCUGCUGCCAUCGUCAUCGUCCACGAGUUUACACACACCUUGGGACACGCAUGCCCAAGACGCUCGACGUCGCUUGCAUUAUCAUCUCGCCAAUAUUUUUCCCGAAGAACAAGUGCAAGCUGUCAUGGCGCUUCAUCCGCACGAGAUCGAUCCUCAGCAGAUUUGUGCUACCAUUCUGGCAAUGUUUCCAAAAAAUCAAAAUUAACGCGAUUAGAAAGUUUACACAAGAUAUUUGCUAAUAUUGAAUUGGAAAACUAUUUGUGUAUAGUUUUUUUUAUUUUUAUAAGAAUCUUGCAUACCGCAAUCUUAAUGCAGAAUAUGUGUAGCGGUUAUUAUGUUAAUUAUGAUUAUAUUAAAGAUAUUAAAAAAGAUAAUAAAAUAUACUUUUGGUCAGGUUGAAAACAGAAACUAUUUAAAAAAAUUUUUAAGAAAUAAUAAUAUAUUGAAUAUAUUUUUAAUAAUAUAUUGAAAUAAAUUUUUUUUUGUUUAAAACUAUCUCUUUAAUUGUAUGUGUAUGUGUGUUUUUAAGAAUUUUUUAAAUCCGAUUUGUAUAUAAUUAAUAUAACGGUUACUAUGAGCACAGUUAUUGUGAUAAAUAAAUUUCCGCUACAGAAGCUUCUGUAAAA